GACGAGUAGAACAAACUUCCGCAACACCGGCGAAGAUAACCGGAGAAUCAAAACGUUGAAAAAAAAAAAUGGCCGGCAGAGACCGUUACCCACCGUCUUCUUCGUCAUCACUACCUUCUCAGCUCACCGAAUCGAACCGAUCCGUCCUUCUCCUCGAGGAGAAAAUCGCGAUCCAGCACCACGAGAUCCAAUCAAUCCUAACCGACAACCAGAAGCUAGCGUUAGCACACCUCGGAGUCAAGGAUCAGCUCAAUCUAGCCAAGCGCGAGCUCGCUCGUCUCCUCGAAGCCGCCGCGGCGGUUAAAUCGGACACCGAAGCUAAGGUUCGCGAGGUUUACCAGAACUCGCUGAGGAUGGAGGCGGAGGCUCGCGUUGUUAACGGAAUCGGAGCUGAGCUUGAUCAGGUUAGGUCUGAUGUGGAGAGGUUAGGUGAGGAUAGGGAGAAGCUUGCGGCGGAGCUUGCGAUGCUUAACGGGGAGAUAGCGAAGGCUAAACCUAAUUAUGAUCGUGCGGUGGAGGUUAGGGUGGAGAUUGAGAGUCUUAGGGAGGAAGUUAGUAAAGGGAGAGCUGCUCUUGAGGUGGAGAAGAAGACGCGAGCGAGUAAUCUUCACCAUGAGCGUGGUAUGGAGAAGACUAUUGAUCAUUUGAAUCGUGAGAUUGUGAAACUUGAGGAAGAGUUGGCUGACUUGGAGACCAAAGCUAAAGAGGCUGCUCAAGAUCCAAGUCCUGGAUUGGUUGCAAGUUAUGGGAACUCAGAUGAUAUUUAUGGAAGCCAAGGUCAUCAGUUCCCUGAAGCUAACGGUUCUCACCAGGUAUAUGGAGCGUUGGACUGUCUUCCUCUGCAACCGCCUAACAGUAUUGAACACUCUAGUGUACCGUGAUAGAGGCUUAGAGCUAGCUGGAGUGUUUGUAUUGUAUAAUAUAUAAUCAGGUUUUAGGUUGUUUCUUUCGAUACCUUCUUUGUUUAUUUCACAUUAUCUGUAGGAUCAAUAUUUAAACAUUCUUUGUUCCGCCUCAUUGAUGGUGGUGGAAUAUUCUCUAGCUACAAAAACCAUAUAAACUAUUGGGAGUCAGGAUAGUGAUUAUCUGGUCCGAAGUCGUUUGUAUGGAACAACCGUGGAUCCGGAUUAUCCGGAUAGGUCUGUGAUGUGAAAAUGCUGUUCCUUCUUUGCUCACCCUUUGCUAAGUGUAAACUGUCUCACUAGUGACAGCCAGCAGAUCGUGCUUGUUACGAUGUAUAUGGACAAUCUACAGUUAAUUUAAACCAAGUUAUU